AUCUCGUUCGCAGAGAAUAAGGAUUGGCCAUGGCGCUCCGCUCCUUCUCCUGCUCCUGCUCGCUUCCUUUCGCCGCCGCGCCGGCGAGCUCGCCGAAACGAUCGGCAAAUGCACGGGCGCCGGCACUUUCGUCGAAGGCACCGCUUUUGGUAAUUUCGCAGUCGGGGAGCCGGGGGCGCGGCCGGCGGGUGUGGCGGCGGAGAAAGCUGACAAAGAAAGAUGACUUGUUGCAAUACAAAAUGGAGAGGAUUCCUUUCCUCGAGGAGCAGGAGAGGAAAAUAAAGGAAACAGGAAAGCUAUUGACGAUGGACAUCGAGAGGCUUCUGCUGUCAGAGGAUAAUCGGUUUGAUUUCAUUAAUGAUGUCGCGGCUGAGGCGAAGGAGUAUGUUGAGAACAACAGGGACGAGUAUGGUGGCACGAAGAAAGCCAUCCUUCAUGUGCUCAGUAACCGUGUGAAUGAUUCUGGGUUUUAUCGACCGGAGGCAUAUUCAGAGUCUGAUCCCUUCAGACCGGGGCCUGGUUACUUGAAAGAGGAAUUUACCUGAGCGUCCACAGAGUCACCAUGUAGCGAUGUUGCAAAGUUUGGCAGCCAAUUCGACCUUGUACUAUAAAUCAUUUUCGAGUUAUUGUUGUUCGAUGCAUCUGACAAUUGCAGUAUAUACUAUACAUUUUUGCAUAUACAUAUCUUAGCUGAAUUAGAACAUAUAAGUGUUUACUAAAACGAGAUUGGUUACCAGAGUAGAUAGUGGAUUGAGGGAUUGAUUUCAUGAAUCUAUACUGAACAGUGUCCCUUGUUCACUCUUGUUUGCUUGUCAACUUGGAAAAGACCAUAUAACAUUUUUGGGUUCGCAUCA